UCGGUCGACAGCUUGAGUUGGAAAAGUGGAAAAAGUCGCACAAAAUGGCACAGAAAUCGAUUGGGAUUUUGAUUUUAAUUUUUGUUUGGGUAAAAUACUCGCAAGCAAACGAUUUUCCAUCGCUACUUGUAGCGAAUGCCACUAUGGGUGUGAUCAUCGACCAUGAAUAUCUGGGCAUAGAAUAUGAAAAAACGUUCGAAGUGCUCAAAGAAACCAUCGAACGGGUGAUAAGAGAGGAUUUACGCGGCGCUGGACUCAAUGUGAAAUAUUAUUCAUGGACUAAAAUCAACUUUAAUAAAGAUUUUACGGUUGUUUUUUCGAUCGCAAGCUGUGCUGCCACUUGGGAAAUAUUCGAACAUGUUCGUAAAGAACGUUUACUUUUGCUCGCUAUCACAGACCCCGAUUGUCCACGAUUGCCAUUGCACGAAGCAUUAACCAUUCCGCGAAUAAAAAUUGGAGUCGAAUUACCGCAAAUUCUUGUCGAUAUUCGAACAUCACAUUCGGUGAACUGGAAAACAGCCACAAUACUCUACGAUGAUAUUUUCGAUCGCGAUACAAUUAGUCGAGUGGCAUCUUCUCUAUCGGUUGAAAGUGACUCACUGGCCAUGUCUGUUUCUCUUUUGAAGCUAAACAGUAGCACGGAUUUGUAUGAACGUCGUGAGAAUAUAAAAAAAAGCUUGUCAACUUUUCCUACUAGAAGUGUUGGUGCCAAUUUUAUGGUAAUUGCCACCAUUCCGAUGACAAUAAUAGAAGUGGCCACCGAAUUGAAUAUGAUAAAUACGGCCAGUCAAUGGUUGUUUUUGGUGUCAAAUCCGCGAAAAACAAAUGUUACACAAUUGAUAACGUAUAUAAAAGAAGGUGGUAAUGUGGCAAUUGCCACAAACAAUACAAUCAUUGACGGCAGCUGUUCGCUGGGCGAAAAUUGUUUGUACCAUGAACUUUUGAAGAAUUUUGCCAUGUCAUUGUCGAAACUAGUGCGCGAAGAGGAGACCAUUUACAGCCAAAUUUCCGACGAGGAAUGGGAAUCGAUUCGAUUGACAAAGCGUGAACGUCGCGAUAAUAUGCUGGAAUUCAUAAAGGACCGCUUACGUGAUGUGCAACAGUGCAAGCCGUGUGUCAAUUGGAAAUUCGAAUCAGCCGAAACUUGGGGAUUAAGAUUUGAUAAUACCGAAGGAGGGAAAUUGAAAGCGUUCAAACCGAUCCUAACGUAUUCUGCUGUUUGGGACCCGAUAAAUGGUUUUGUUCACUACGACAACCUAUUUCCACAUAUUGCACAUGGAUUUCGAAAUCGUACCAUUCCGAUUGCUAUUUAUCAUAAUCCACCGUGGCAAAUUGUCUCGUACAAUGAGGCUGGCGAGGUGAAAUCAAUGCGUGGCAUCAGCGUCAAUAUUCUUAACGAAUUGGCUGUUAAGCUGAACUUUACUUACGCAGUGCAUAAUGUCGAACGCAGUGGAAAUCGUACCACAUACAGUUUUUGGGACGAUUUCAACGUAACGGCUGAUGAUGAUAUGAAAGCCACAUUUGGUUUGCCGUCCGAUGUUCUCGAAUUAUUAACCGAAAACACGGUGCUUUUUGGAGCGAUUGCUUUAACGGUGCAUGAAACGUACGAAAAGGUGUUGAACUUCACGUUCCCUAUCAGCGUACAGGCGUAUGGCAUGAUGAUACCGCGACCAAAGGAGCUCAGCCGUCUGUAUUUGUUUCUAUCGCCGUUUACAGUGGAUACUUGGGUUUGUCUAUCAUUAACUAUGGCUUUGAUAGGGCCACUGUUUUACGUAGUACAUUAUCUGUCACCAUACCAUGAACAUCAUCAUAUUACGAAAAAAGGUGGCUUAUUCAAAAUUCAAAACUGUUUUUGGUAUAUGUACGGCGCACUUUUGCAGCAAGGUGGUAUGUAUUUACCUAGAUCAGACAGUGGUCGAAUUAUUGUGGGCACAUGGUGGCUUGUGGUGCUUGUGGUGAUCACUACAUACUGUGGCAAUUUGGUUGCGUUUUUAACAUUCCCAAAAAUGGAAAUACCAGUGAAUACGGUCGGUCAAUUGGUCAACCAGAAGCAUGGAUUUACCUGGAGCAUUCGAUCAAACACUUACUUGGAGUCUUAUCUCAAAGAAACCGAAAUUGAAAAAUAUGUCAGACUGAAUGACAGUACGGAAACGCAUGAUAGCGUUACAAAUGGCACAAUUUCACGGGUUCGGGGCGGAAAACAUAUAAUCAUCGACUGGGAAACAAAUUUGUUGCAUAUUAUGCGCAAAGAAUUCCUUGAGACUGACAAAUGCGAGUUCACCUUGAGCAAUGAAAAGUUUCUUGAUGAAAAGAUUGGUUUGAUUUUACCGACAAACAGUCCUUACCUGAACAUUUUCAACAAUGAAAUCUAUCGAAUGCUUCAAAUGGGAUUCAUUCAAAAAUGGCUAAGCGAAUAUUUGCCGAAGAAAGAUCGUUGUUCCAGCAAAGCCAGUUCCAUCGAAAUCGAGAAUCAUACUGUCAACUUAAAAGAUAUGCAAGGGUGUUUCCUCGUUUUAGUCAUUGGCAUAAUUGCGGCGCUCUUCGUAAUAGUAUUCGAAUGCUGUUGCAAACGAUAUAGAGUGCUGGAUGAAACAAAACUUAUCAAACCAUUUGUUAAGUAAAAGCCAAACACACAUUUUAUUGAAAAACGGUUUAGUUUUGGAGAUAUGGGGCCACACAAAUAACUUAUCAGAGGAUAUAAAAAUGCUAUUUUGUGUUCGCACAUUAUGCAAUAUUUAUUGGUUGAUUUUACCAUCGAUAUUUCGAAACAAUUUUCAGCAAAAAAAAAAAAUUAACUUGUGUUUAAUAUUUAUCACAGUCUUUACAGUAGUACAGAAAACAUCGAAUUUUUGUUUGUUCGAUUUUGUUGUUGUGGUUUGGGUUUGGUUGUAUUGCAAAACAUCGAGCACGUUUUGUGUGGGAGAAUAUCAAUAGUCCAAGAACAUUAAUUUCGAAUGACAACAUUCUUUCGACGUCGAAAUUUCGCAUUUGUUUCUGUUUUUGUUCAGAAAAGGAAUUUUGUUUACAGAUGAUGACAGCAAUCGUGUGCGAAUUAAAGUUAUUUUGGGCAAUAUUUCGAUUAUUCUAUGAGUAUUAUAGUUUCGGACAAUUUGCACGAGAUAAAAAUGUAUUAGAGCUUGGUAUAAUUGGAUAGGAGUUUAGAAAAAAUGAAAGCGUUCAUCUAAUCAUAACACAGUACGCACAUCUAAGCCUAACAAUUCUCAAAGUGUGAGUUCUUCUCUUCGUUCUCUCCGUUGGCCGUUGACCGGCAACCACCAUCACACAAAGCAAAACAAGAGAUUACAAUCUGCGCCCUUACAACUUGAACGGUCGCGAUUUUGCGCUAAUCUCAAUUAUAUAGCACACUAAAAGUUAAUUUGGGUGCAUAAGUCAGGUCGUGGCAUCAAUUUCAACACUCAUUCCCAUUUGCAACGUGAAAUGUGUGAUUUUUGAGCUCUUCCCCAGAGCGAAUGACGCACCUUAUACUAAUGUAGCCAUUCAUUCGGUCAACGUUUGACGCAUAUACACCUCUUCCUAUGACAUUGCCCGGCUUCAUAUAUCGAAUCACAAUCAUUAUUACAAUAAAAGUCGAACUAGUGUUUAUCUGUUUUCAAACUACAACGUCUACUGCUUCGUUUAAUCCAAUUCAUUUUACGGCGUCAAAUUAGCAUAGUCCACAACGAUAAAAAUACUUGUGAUAAAAGUCGUUUAUCAACACAUCUUCACGAAAUGAUCAUGCAACAUCCAAGAUAAAAUCCCGAUUUUACUGGCCAAAAAAUAAAAAAACAAAAUUGUACCCGCAUAGAAAAACUGAAAAAUGAAUAAAACCAUGAGCACAACAGAAUAAAAAAAUCCAAAUGAAAAA